AUGUCGAAGAGAGCUGCUGAGGCUUUUGACGAUCAGGCGGCCGCCCUUAAGGCUGGCGACCGCCCAAUGGUCGACGCAACCCCAGAUGAAGUGGGGGAGUUCGAGGAUGAGUUCGAGGAUGAAUUUGAGAGUGAGGACGAGAUCCUCGAGGCUGGGGUUGACGGUCGUCCAGAUGCCGAGCGCGAGGAAGAGGAGCGAGAGGCCGCUAUGGAGGUAGACAAGCAAACCUUUAUUCCUGGACGGACAAAACUGGCACCUGGAGAGACUCUGUCACCAGAUCCCUCUACAUACGAUAUGCUCCACACUCUUAGCACACCUUGGCCAUGUCUGUCGUUCGAUAUUGUCCCCGACAACCUUGGCGACAAUCGCAAGACAUUUCCUGCGACGGUCUAUGCUGUCGCCGGUACUCAGGCAGACGGUGGCCGCACAAAGGACAACGAGCUUAUGGUUCUCAAGAUGAGUGGUCUGAGUAGAAUGGAACGUGAGAACGCAGGAUCAGACGAUGAAUCAGACUCCGACGACGACAUGGGCGAACCCAUUCUCGAACACAAGUCUAUCCCAUUGGGCUCUACGACCAACCGUAUUCGCUGCCACCAAACUCCUUCCCAGUCAGCAGAUUACUCCAAGCCACCACAGACUCUAACGGCCACCAUGCUUGAGAACUCGCAAAUCCUCAUCCACGACGUUACCAGCCACCUUUCCAGCUUCGAUGUGCCGGGUACUGUUAUCACUCCUUCAGCGAACAAGCCCAUUUCCACUCUUCGCAUGCACAAAUCCGAGGGCUAUGCUCUAGACUGGUCUCCACUCCAGCCUCUUGGCAAGCUUCUGACUGGUGACAACGACGGUCUGAUCUACGUGACCUCUCGUACCGAGGGUGGUGGCUGGGUCACCGAUAAUCGACCCUUCUCCGCCCACACCUCCUCCGUCGAGGAGCUACAAUGGUCUCCCAACGAGCGAAACGUAUUCGCCUCCGCCAGCAGUGACGGCAGCGUGAAGGUUUGGGAUGUGCGAUCCAAGUCGCGCAAGCCCGCCGUGGACGUGCAGAUCUCCAAAACAGACGUCAAUGUAAUGAGCUGGGCCAACCAGACUUUCCACCUGCUCGCCACUGGUUCGGACGAUGGCCAAUGGGCUGUGUGGGACCUGCGGCACUGGAAGCCCAAUCCCGCCGCUCCCGCGUCCCAGAUCAGUGCCACCCCUGUCGCGUCGUUUGACUUCCACAAGGAGCCUGUUACUAGCAUUGAGUGGCACCCGUCGGAUGACAGUGUUGUCGCGGUUGGCUCGGCCGACAACACGGUCACGCUCUGGGAUCUCGCGGUUGAACUGGACGACGAGGAGAGUCGCCAGGCCGGUAUCGCGGAUAUUCCGCCCCAGCUGUUGUUCGUGCAUUAUAUGGAGUCUGUCAAAGAAGUGCACUGGCAGGCCCAGAUGCCGGGUACGCUAAUGGCAACUGGAGGAGCUGGAUUUAGUGUUUUCAAGACCAUCAGUGUCUAG